GGAGGUGGGGGAAGAAGAGGUCACAACAUCACCUUGGAGUUGGGCUGGGUCUGCGUGGAGCCCCAGAGAUGUUCCCCAGCCCAUUCUUCCCAAGAACCAAUGAGUAAAAUUCGGGGCCUCCCACCUGAGGUCAGGGAACCAGGCCCUGGAGUGGAACUUGGGGUGGAAGAUGGCCUCCUUUGUCAACUGAUUCAUUCUCCAGAAUUCAACUUGUUCUCUGACUCAGUGGUGUUUGAAAGCAUCUUUGUCCAGGUCACUAAGCCGGGGAACUGGAUGGAUGACUGUGAAGGGCCAACCACUGUGAUCCUUGGGGUGACCUCAUCCGUACCCUCCUUGCCACUACCCAACAUCCUCCUGAUGGCCAACGUCACCUGGCCCCAGGGUCAGUUUUCCACCUGGAGCACACCUGGGAGUGCCCCAGUCAUCACCCUCAGCAGGAUUCUGCCCCUGAAGUAUGUGGAACUGCGAAUCUAUGACCGGCUCCAGCGCAUCCUAAGGGUUAGGACAGUGACUGAAAAGAUCUACUACCUGAGGCUCCACGAAAAACACCCCGAGACCGUGUUUCAGUUCUGGAUCCGUUUGGUGAACAUUCUGCAGAGAGGUCUAUCCAUCACCACCAAAGAUCCAAGAAUCCGAAUCUCUCACUGCCUGGUGCCCAAGUUGCCCUGCCGCUCAGCAGAAACAUCUGAAAGCAGCCUGCCAUCAUCCUCCCAGCCCAGUGAGAGCUCCAUGCUGUUGGCUGCCGAGCAGAACAGUGACCGUUUCUUGAACCUCUCAGGAACUUCCCAGCUCACAGUACCCAGAAACACCAGCAGUGCCACUGAAAUAGAGAAUUUCAACUGCAAUGACAACACAUCCUUGCCAGCAUCAUCCCCGGUCAUUUCGAAUAUACCUAUGAGAGCCACAUUGAGCCACAGUCUCUGGGAACAAGAGAACGCCGAUGAGUACAACAUGCAGGCUCCUGUAGCCAGUUCCUUAGGAGAGAACUUCUGGGGACCCUAACACCUGGCCCAAACAGGGUGGUCUUCCCUGGCUUCAUUCAGUGCACUUAUUACAAACUUCUAUAGGGCAGUUUUCCUAUUGUGGCCCAAAUGACCCUGGGAGAGCUAAGAUGGUGUUUAUAACAAGUCGCUUCUGUACGUCCAUCAGUAAACCUCCAGAUGAGUCC